AUGAGAUGGGGAGCUCAAGGGUGGUACAGACGCAGCUGCAUUCCUAUCACUGCCAUCCUGAUACUUAUCGUGUUCGUAGUCCUGCUUCCCCUGCUGAUCCACGCAGGAGACAAACACUCAUCGAACUCGACAUUCGGGAAGGACUCGGGAGCGACUUGUAUGGACAGUUGUAAGAUCAAUUUGGUGGAAUCAAUUCCGAUCGGAAUGGUUUAUCCCAACAACUCAGUCCAGCAUCCGAGCACGUACAAUUCGUGGAUGGAGUUGAUCGCGUCCGCGCAAUCAUCGAUAGAAAUCGCUGCAAUGUACUGGAAGUUGAGAGAGCAGGACGUUUAUCCCAACGUUAGUGCCAAAGAGGGUGAAGACGUAUUCGAGGCCUUAUUGGAGGGUGGGAGCGAUCGAGGAGUGCGGUUGAGAUUCGCGCAGAAUAUUCCCUCGCAAAAGUUCCCCAAUGAGGAUACAGAGUAUCUGGCGAAGAAGGCCAAUGCCCAGGUGAGAAGCUUAGACUUUCCGAGCCUUUUAGGAGCUGGACUGCUGCAUACGAAAUUGUGGAUAAUCUAUCGCAUUCACAUCUACGUUGGAUCCGCAAAUAUGGACUGGCGUGCGUUGACCCAAAUCAAAGAAUUGGGACUGGUCGCUAUCAACUGCUCUUGUCUGGCUGACGACAUAGCAAAAAUAUUCGACGUGUACUGGAAAGUUUCCGAAAACGGUAAAGUUCCUGCGGUUUGACCAGAAUCCUUGGCUACAAAAACAAACCUCAGCAAUCCUAUGAACUUCACGUCGGGUGGAAAUAAGUACAAGGCAUUCAUUGCGAGCUCACCACCACCGAUGUCACCUCGAGGAAGAACAAAUGAUUUAGAUGCAAUUCUGCACUGCAUCGAUAAGGCUGAAAAGUUCAUUUACAUAUCGGUAAUGGACUUUUUCCCGCUGACUCUUUACACGCCUAAAAUGAAAUACUGUCCAAUUAUUGACGACGCUUUGCGGUCAGCUGCAAUCGAGCACAAGGUCCACGUCAAACUGCUCAUAUCCAGGGGGAAACAUUCACCACCAUCCGCCGAUUAUUUCCUCAAGUCGUUAACAGUUCUUACGAACAGUUACAGAAAUGUCAAAAUCGAAGCAAAGAUAUUCAUCGUCCCGACAAACCCAGAUCUUGAUAAAAUACCGCGCAGCAGAUUUAACCACAACAAAUACAUGGUUACGGAUAUCGCCGCUUACAUUGGCACAAGCAACUGGUCCGGAGAUUAUUUCGUUUCCACAGCAGGGAUAGGGGUGGUCUUCGAGGACGUUGGUAACAAGAAUGAGGGAAGCAUACGACAACAGCUGGAAGAGAUAUUCCACAAAGAUUGGAAUUCCCGAUUCGCUCAUUCCUUGAACAAGACUUGUGUCGAUAUCUAGACGGCGCAACAGUACACCGUGUCGGACGAUUAAAAUAAUUUGACGUAUAACAACCGAUUUCGACAAUUAUGUCCCUGAGAUUUUAAUAUAGAUGAAACAUUAACAUAUCCAACAACGUCUACAAGACUUCGCGUCUCCCGAUAUUUAAUUAAUGUAAUAUAGGAGAGUUUUUACUGGGUCCCCACGUUUUCAAGUCGGCAAAUACGCCUCCGGCCAUUUCCAGAUGGACUGGGUGGAUGGCAUGU